GCUCAACGUUUCGGACGCAGAAAAAACUGUUGCUGCUUCUUGUGAAUUUAGCUUGUGGUACGCGCGCGCAAAUAAAUCGCAAACAAUUUAAAUUGAUUACCAAUGAAUUUCUAUUAAAUUGUAUUGGAAAAAUUCGCUCGAGUGUCAAAAACCAAUUGAUUUAUGUGUGAGUGUGUGAAAGUGAGCUUAUGAGUGCGUGAAAAAAUGCACUAGCCCAAAAGGAAAAACACAAAAGGUGGAAAACAUCAACAAUGCCAGUUUAAAACAGACCGUAAAAGAUACUAGAGAAACACAGAGGGGUACUACACAAGAAAUAAAAAUAUAAAUACGAAAAUCCCGAUUCGGCGAUAGAAAUGCAGAAAAUCACAACAAAUAUGCAGCAGACAACGGAUCUUGACUUUGAUUUCCAGAUGCCGUGUCGCUAUUUCAAAAGUUCUUUUGCGCGUUCGCUUUCGCUGAACAACAACAACAACAAUAACAACAACGCCUUGACAUUGCCCAAGAAACCGCAAACAAACGAGGCCAAACAACAACAACAACAACAGCCACAACAGCAACUGGAGAAUCAGGAAUCGCUAGAGAGAGACAGCGAACAGGAUUCCCACUCUCCGUGUGCAACCCCGCCCCCUGCUCUUCCAGCACGGCGUCACACCGCCAACAUGAUACACUUUGGCGCCGCUAAUCAGCUGCUCUCCCCUCCGCCGCCCAACCACCCCCCGCCGCACCCGCCACACACCCCGCAGCAUCCGCAACCACCGACACAAUCCGCCAGGAAUCUCAAUCUCGUCUGGCCAAUGCAACCGACACAUCAGCAGCCACCAACACAGCAGCAGGAUGCCAAUAUAUUGGCCGCACCCAGCCACCACAUCUACGACUUGCCACAGCAGUUGCACCACCACCACCACCAGCAUCAACAACAACAACAACAACAGCAGCAACAGCACCACCAUCAGCAGCAGCAGCAACAGCAACAUCAACUAAAUGUCGAGGCUGUCAUAUUGCAGAAUCAGGUGGAUACCUUGCAUUGGCAAUUGAAACAGACCGAAACCAAUUGCGAGAUGUACCGAGCGGUGAUGGAGGAAGUGGCCCGAUUCUUCGAGCGCUACCAGCUGCAGCAACAACUCCAGCAGACCCAUCGCAAUGGCGAGCAGAUCGCCCGCUCCAAGAGUCUCCAUCAUGUUCACGGAGUGGGCAACACCUCGCUGCAGAGCGAUUCCCGAGAUGAUGACGCCUCGAGUGCCGGGUCCGCUUCAUAUCUGCGUGCCCGGAGCAGCACCAAUUUGAUACUGAAUAAAUCAAUGCAUGCCAUGAAUGAGGAGCAUAAUUAUGAGACGAUUGCGCCAGCUGGAAGCUACAAUGCCUUCAAGGAUUUCACUUGGCGUCGCUCGCCGAAGAAAUCCGGAGGCAGUGGCGGCUGCAAGGCGCGUCUGUCCUCUCCGGAGGCCUCCGAGGAGAAGCUGAACCAGGAGGCCUUCCGCUUGGCCAGAACCAUCAGGAAUCUGCUGCACACCUCGGAACAGCAGCCGGAUCUCACGCAGCCGCGCCACUCGUUGGCCUCCAUUGCGUCGCUGCCCUCGGGAAAUCACCGGCUAUGCAAGGGGAAAACCAGUUCGGUGAUGACGCUCUUGACACCACCAUUGCACAAUUCCACGAGCAUCAUGAAUGCCACACUGGAGGCUCCGUCGCCGGCCGCCAAAUCCAAUGCGGAACUGAUUUUCCUGCGGGCCAACAACAUGAGGGACUCGCGGCUUUCGCUGCGCAGCUCCACCGACAGUUCCGUGCAUUCCACCAUCUCGUCGACGGCCUCCUCCUCCUCGAAAGUGGAGACGGAUGAGGAGACCCCGAGCAACGGCAACCACAACAAUACGACAACCACCGCCAGCAGCAACACAGCCAUCAGUAAUAGCAACACUAAGCCCACCAGCGGUAAGCAGAGCGGUUCGAGCACCGAAGACGAGAGUGGUUUCAGUUCGAUUAGCUCCUUCCACGACGUGGGUCUGCCCUUGAGUUCCACCUUGAUGAACCAAAACCAGAGCCAGAGACGCCAGUCCAUGUCCUCAGACAGCAGGAACUCCACGCUAAAGUCGGGCCUCAAUAUGGUUGGCCUGCCGCUGCAAACCCAAACCCAAAUUCAAGUUCAGGUCCAGGCCCAGAUUUCCACCAGUCCGUCGCCUUCGAAAACCUAUCGCAAUGCGAAUCGCUAUCAGCGAUUUUCCACCUUAUCAAACGAAGAUGCAGCCGCUGUUUUGUGGGUCUAGAUCGCUGGAUAUCCUAUCAGAAAUACUUUAAUAUGAUUUUUUUCAACAUUUUCCUGGAAAUAAUUUUGAAGAAAGAUCCGAAUCCUUUUUUAAGUUUUGUAUACUCCCCCGUAGCUUCGUAGUUUCGUUUUUUCUCUAGUGCCUCCGCUUAGUGUUUAGUUGCUCACUUUUGAAGAGUGUUUAAUUUGUAAUCGAUUAUGUUACCAUUUAAGGACCAAGCGCGCAUUUCUAUGUUAACAACAUGUAAAUUUCAUUUGACCUAAGUUUUGCAGUAUUUAUAAAUAAAUGAAAAGUAAUUUAUA